UUGACAACUGAUAGAACGGAAACAGGACAGAGGUUGAUUGAUAGUGUUAAAAACAAUAUUAGAGUUGCACAUACGAAGAGACAUGAUAACAAAGUGGGCGUGGGGUGCUAUCGCCCUCACGGUGUGCUUACUAAACAUGUCGGAGACUACAGGGAUCUGUGGGGAUGUAUCGAUUAGGAGGCAUUGGUCAGAUUGUAGUAAAUUCGUUGAAUGUGGAAUAAACAGCACCGUAGUGUUCCAGUGUCCAGAACGUAGUUAUUUCAAUCCAAACACAUUGGUUUGUGAUUUCGCGAUGUACCACGAUUGUGUGGUGGAGUCGUACGCAGAUGCUGAUAUUCUCGCUUCUCGAAAUGUUUUUGAAGCUUUGACUGGUGUAUUAACCACAAGAACGAUCUGUAAUGAUGAACGCCUAGGCACAAAAAUCAGACAUCCAGACGAUUGUAGUAUGUUCUACCAUUGUUCUCCCUCGGGUCCGAUUCUGUUCAGCUGUCCAGCCAAUACUAAGUUCUGCUCAAUUACUAAUGUUUGCAAUUGGCCGGAAUUCGUUGACUGUACUGGCGGUGGUGGUGGCGGUGACGGCGGUGGUGGUUCUCCCGGAGAUGGGUCUUGUCCAGCCAACUGUAUCGCCGAUAAACGUUGUCCCCUCGAUUGUGAGUUCGAAACCGGACUAAAACUACCUCAUCCAAGUAAAUGUGAUGCAUUUCUGGAAUGCAACAACGGAUGCGCUUGUCUGAAGUUUUGCGCAGAAGAUCUUUGGUGGAGCACGGCACUGGGACGAUGUGUUGAGCGGUAUCGAUCGGACUGCGAAGAAGCUGCACGGCCUGAUUGCCCCGAUUGUAAACCACAUGAGCUGUGUCCAUUAGAUGACGAUCCGGAUAACCCAAUCAGGUUCCCCCAUCCGGACCGAUGCGACGCAUACAAGUUGUGCCGCGAAGGACAUGCUUGCACAGUCGAAUGCGAAGAGGGUCUCGAGUUUAACCCAGAAACUGAAGUUUGCGACAUUGAAUGGGGAUGUGUAGUAACUACACCGACACCAACACCAGACGUAACACCGUCCGAAGAACCUGUCACAACACCUUCACCUGUAACGACGCCCUCACCUAUAACGACUCCCGCACCUGUAACGACACCCUCACCUGUAACGACACCCUCACCUGUCACGACGCCCUCGCCAGUGACGACACCAUCACCAAUUACGACACCCUCGCCAGUGACGACACCGUCACCAGUAACGACGCCUUCACCAGUGACGACGCCCUCACCGGUAACGACGCCCUCGCCUAUAACAACUCCUGCACCUGUAACAACACCAUCACCUGUGACAACGCCAUCUCCUGUUACAACGCCUUCACCUGUAACAACCCCUUCACCCGUCACGACACCCUCACCAGUAACGACACCUUCUCCUGUAACAACGCCCUCACCUGUAACGACGCCUUCACCUGUCACGACACCCUCUCCUAUCACAACGCCUUCAACACCCACCACACCAGGAUGUCCAGCGUGCCCUCCAGGAGUGUGUAAACCAGACGAUCGGUGUCCGAUAACUUGCAAUGAGUGUGAGCCCGUUUUGUUGCCCCAUCCUGAAGACUGCGGUAUGUUCCUGAAAUGCUCCCACGGACACGCUUGUGAAAUGCAAUGUCCCCCGGGACUUCACUGGAGCAUUAAUGCUAACCGGUGCGAGUGGCCUGAGAUAGCCGAUUGUGAUAGUAGCAUAACAACAGAGCAACCACCACCAAAUGAUCCUGACUGUCCAGUGGAUUUCCGAUGUCCUUUAGUCGAUGAUCCUUCGAAUCCAACACUAUUGCCCUACCCUAACAAUUGCACAAAAUUUGUAAAAUGUAAUAACGGGCGAGGGUGCAUAAUGGACUGUCCCGAUGGAUUACACUGGAGCGAAAAGCACAAUCGAUGCGAAUGGCCGGAUCGUGCUGGCUGUGAUCCGAACAUCCCUCCUAUAGACGACUGCCCGAUAUGCCCUUGCGCACCAUGCCGUUUGAGGCGGGACCACCAUCCAUGCAAACAACACAGUCUCUGUGCGAGGAGUUUCAAUUCUAGCUUAAGUCUUCCAUAUCCACACGAGUGUGGACGUUUCUACGAGUGCUUAAAUGGAAUGGCAUGUCUUCUUGAUUGUCCACGAGGCACACAUUUUAGCACAAAAUGGCAGCGCUGUGAAGAUUCAAAAUAUGCUAACUGUAACAUUGAAUUUUCCCGAGUGUCAGGUAGCGUGAAUGAUGUUGAGAAUGAUCGUGCCAUCUGCCAUCAUGAUUUGCUGUACCCUAAGGUGCACCAUAUUAUUUCCGAGUGGCAGCAUGGAUUUGUGAAAAAACGAUCGACAAGUACAAAUCUUAUGGCAUACGUUUCGUCACUAAAUAGCGCGUUUGGUGAACGUCAGCAAAUUGAUGCCGUUUAUGUGGAUUUUGCUAAAGCGUUCGAUAGUGUGCCUCAUUUGCUAAUGGUGGCCAAACUCGAACGAAUGGCACUUUCUGAAUGGUUGACACGGUGGAUAUUGUCGUACCUCACCGAACGCUGUGCGUACGUUCGUAUCGAUGAAAUGAGAUCAUCUCCGUUUGUGAUCGAGUCGGGUGUUCCCCAGGGAAGUCAUCUAGACCCGCUAUUGUUUAUAUUAUUCUAUUUGCGAAGAGGAACUCUUAUUAAAAGUGCAAAUGGUAGACUUACGGAAGUUGUCGUCAAACAAUUCCACCACACUCGUUAUGCUGUACUUAUAACGUUUAAAACCAUGGUGAUGACGGAAAGCUAUGCUAUGGAUGACAACAUGCAAUACGGGGUUGAGCAUGAAAAUGUUAGUAUCAAGACACCCGUUUCUAUUGACAAUGAUAUGCGUCUGCACGAUCUAUACCCGGAUUUUUCCAACGGUGUUCUUGUCGUGAGAAUACGAGUGAUGAAACCUAUUCCUUCACACCUGAAUUUUCAAUACAAAAUUGAAGGUGUGGUGAUCUCAAAUCACGCUCUAAUCAAACAAUAUCAACUGUCCUCAUCAACAUCAACUAAAUCACAAACAACCGGAGUUGCAACUCAGGCACUAACGAUUGUUGGAACAACAGAACCUACGCACAACGUGUCCGAUCAUUGUGAUGCCACUUCCCAUUCAACUGCCAGCACCACCGAUAAUAAAGUAAAUGACAAAGAACACGGAUACACGAUCAUGGCCCGUAAAUUCUAUAAACAACUCAAACCAGGAUUCAGAGUUGAUAUAGAAAUGUUAAUAUUUACGCUUCCUCUGUUGAUAGCAUUAGCCGCUGCAUCGAGAGAUCCACGAUGUGUGCAGUACAAGGCGAACUCAAAAGCCUUAACAUUGCCCCACAGAAGUGAUUGUACGAAGUUCCACAUUUGUGAUUCUCAGGGAACCGCGCUUGAAAUGAAAUGUCCGCCAAACACCUUCUUCAGUGCGGAUGAUGGGGUUUGCUCGUUCGACAGCUCUGCCUGUGAUGGGUCAGAACCCAUUUAUAAACCAAUAGUACCAGAGGUUGAGCCCGAGAAUGGUAUCAUUAAUCAACAAAACCCUUUAGAUGCAGCGUGUUAUGAUUUGCCGUCUGGAGCAACUCUACCCUUGGUUGGAGAUUGCUUUUCAUACAUAGUAUGCCUACGUGGGAAACCCAUUAUUUUAGUAUGUCCAGAGGGUUUAGCAUAUGACCACAGAAACAGUAAGUGUGAGUUUAAGGAAGCAGCAAACUGUGAAGUAUAUAAUCCGCGAGCACCAAACAAGCCUGUGAGGCCUGCCAGUCCGUAUUUAGGUGAAGAUAAUUCAGUAGCACAAAUUCAUGUGGCAUCUUCAGAGGAGGUGCAAGGUAACCAUCUUACUUGGCCAGGCAACCAACCAUCGAGACCAAUCAUACCUCUACCAGAACACGAACAGCCAAUAUUACCGAUGCCUCAGGUUCCAAUACUUUCUCCAAAUCUUCCAAUACUUCCCCCUCAAAUCCCAAUCAUUCCGGAAUCGGAAGCACCUGUUCAACCUCCGCAAGAUUCCAAUAACGAACCGGUCUUCACCCCAUACCAGCACAUAUUUAUCAACGAUCCACGCUGUUUGAGAAGAACCGAUCCAAACAAUCCGAUAAUGCUUGCUCACGCCAGAGACUGCGGAAGAUAUAUCGUCUGUGUUGGCAAUACUGCAGUUGAAAAGAAUUGCCCAAUUGGUCAGCACUGGAGCACAGAUAACGGAUGGUGUGAUUUCCCUACUCGUGCUAAGUGUAAACUGCUACAGCCGCUGCCGGCCUUCCCGGCCUUCCACGCUCAGGGAUACCAGGAUCCGACAUUUGUAGCAAUGGUCAGUCUUAUACCAGCUGUAGAAUCUAACUUUCACUACAACAAUCAACAUACAAACGAGAAACUGUGCACUAUUAUGAAAUACUUAAUUCUGACCGUGGCGCUCUUCGGAACGGACCGACUGCGACUUUGCUACCACAUCUUACCACAUGUACUAAAUUCGUUAAAUGUGAAUCUGGACAUGGCUGUGUACACGACUGCCCAAAUGGACUUCAUUUCAGUCGCACGGAAAAUACUUGUGAUUGGCCAAAUCGAGCUUGUUGUGACCAGUCAGUUUGCAAACCCGAUGACGUACCUGACAGAAAUUUUCUACAAAUGUGACCGAGGAUAUGCUUGCGAGUAUGACUGUCCUGAAGGAUUACAUUUCAAUAAAAAGGAAUUGGCAUGUGAUUGGCCCUGGCGAGCUUGCUGUGAUCCGACCGUUGAGUGCUACGUGCCAUGCGAGGAUCAAACUUGUGCUCCAGCAACAUCUACACCAGCGCCUACGCCCGCUCCAACGCCAGCACCGACGCCCGCUCCAACGCCGGCACCGACGCCAGCCCCAACUCCGGCACCAACCCCAGCACCAACCCCAGCACCAACGCCGGCACCAACACCGGCACCAACACCGGCCCCAACACCAGCUACAACUUUACCACCUACCGACGAUGACGAAUGCAAUACUUGCCCAAAGAAUUGCGAAGAGAAUGUUCUCUGUCCGAUCGUGAAUCCCGCACAACCUAUUUUACUGCCGCACUACGACUGCACAAAAUUCUACAAGUGCGAAUCUGGUCGCGCCUGCGAGGUGAAAUGUCCAGAUGGACUACAUUUCAACGAUCGGAAGUCGUGGUCAGUCGUUCGCAAACUGUGGAAUCUAUUUUUUCUCCCUACAUAUAAGAAAAAUCGGGCAUUGUUGUGUUUAAAUAUGAAACAUAUAGUACUGGUUUUGGCGCUAUUCAGUGCAUCAACCAUUGCUCAAGGUCCCUGCACGGGCUCCUGUUGGCAAAAUUGCCCGAUUGACGCACGCUGUCCAUCAACGAAUACUGCCCAGGCAACUCUGCUACCACAUCUUAGCAGCUGUACGAAAUUCAUCAAAUGUGAAUCUGGGCAUGGCUGUGCACACGACUGCCCAGCUGGACUGCAUUUCAGUCGAACGGAAAAUACUUGUGAUUGGCCAAAUCGAGCUUGUUGUGACCAGUCAGUUUGCAAACCGGAUGACGUACCCGACAGAAAUUGCGUGUUGCAUUCGAGUUGCCCCACAGUAAACCCGCUUAAGCCGAUUUUACUGCCACAUACCAUUUGUUCCAAAUUCUACAAAUGUGACCGAGGAUACGCAUGCGAAUAUACCUGUCCUGAUGGCCUGCAUUUCAAUAAAAAAGAACUCGCCUGUGACUGGCCCUGGCGAGCGUGCUGUGAUCCGAAUGUUCAAUGUUACGUACCAUGCGAGGAUAACACCUGUGCUCCAGGAACAACAACACCGAUCCCGACCACUCCGGCUAUAACAACUACAACAUCUACUACAACAACUACAACGGCUCGUCCGACAACCACUACAAGUUUACCUCCUUCCGAUCCACCAGAGUGCAACACCUGUCCGAAGAACUGUGAAGCGAACGCUCUAUGUCCAGCCGUAAAUCCUGCUCAACCUAUUUUACUUCCCCACUACAACUGCUCAAAGUUCUACAAAUGUGAAUCUGGCCGCGCAUGUGAAGUUGAAUGUCCUGCAGGAUUGCACUUCAACGACCGCAAAUCGGUCUGCGAUUGGCCAUGGUAUGCGUGCUGUGAUCCGUCUGUAACUUGUAAUCCGAACCCGUGCAUCCCUGGUGUCACCUGUGCUCCAACUCUGGGUUAAACUGCGUUAUAUUACUGGCGUUUGAACAAAGCCACCAUGCCAUGAUGAGUUUGAUUACUGUGUUAUUAUGAUUAUAAGAUUUUUUAUCGCUUCUGCCAAUCCACACGGUAAUCGUUUGCUCAGUAA